AAGCAUACUAAUAGUUGCUGCGCACUUGUGUUUUUAGCGUAGCUAGUCUAGCCUUCUAGCAGUAGUAGUGCCAUGAUGAAGUGUGCCCAAUAAAUAGCUUAAUUGUGUCACAACGAGGAAUCAAAUAGACAGGUUACAUUGUAUUCCGGGGAUCGUUGGUGUUCGAAUCGAACAUCAUUCUGAGAUGUUAUGUUUGUUUUAUUUCGCUGGCAGCUGGGCAUUCCACCAACUAGUCAGACGUUGUUUCGUGUUGUACUGACUGUAAAAGAGGACAGUGUGCGUCAGCAUUCAAGAUGGACACCGCCGAGGAAGGGGAUAUAUGCCGGGUCUGCCGGUCUGAAGGAACCCCGGACAAGCCACUAUAUCACCCGUGUGUUUGCACAGGAAGUAUAAAAUUCAUCCACCAAGAAUGCUUGGUACAAUGGCUAAAACACAGCAGAAAAGAAUACUGCGAGUUAUGCAAACACAGAUUUGCUUUUACGCCAAUCUAUUCUCCAGACAUGCCUUCCCGGCUGCCUGUCCAGGACAUAUUUGCGGGGUUGCUGACGAGUGUAGGCACAGCUAUUAGAUACUGGUUUCACUACACACUAGUGGCUUUUGCUUGGCUGGGAGUGGUUCCUCUCACAGCAUGUCGCAUCUACAAGUGUCUGUUUACCGGCUCUGUGAGCUCACUCCUCACCCUGCCAUUAGAUAUGCUUUCUACAGAGAACUUGCUGGCGGACUGCUUGCAGGGUUGUUUCGUGGUGACGUGUACACUCUGCGCCUUCAUCAGUCUGGUGUGGCUGCGGGAGCAGAUUGUUCAUGGUGGCGCCCCCCAGUGGCUGGAGCAGAAUCAACAGCAGCCUCAACAUGCACCAGCUCCACAACCUAAUGAGCAGGCCCCUGGUCCUGGGCAGGGGGCAGCUGAAAACCAGCCUGCUCCUGUUGCAGCUGAGCCCCCGGCGGACAAUGGUCCAGCGGCUGAGGUCCCCGACAUCCAGAUGGACCCGGCAGAGGACAUGGAGCUGGAGGACGAGGCUGGGGCUGAGGAUGUAGCGGAUGCCAACAAUGGAGCACAAGAUGACAUGAAUUGGAAUGCCCUGGAAUGGGACCGGGCAGCAGAGGAGCUGACAUGGGAGAGGAUGCUCGGUCUUGAUGGCUCCUUGGUUUUCCUGGAGCAUGUCUUCUGGGUGGUCUCACUAAACACACUCUUCAUUCUGGUGUUCGCUUUCUGCCCGUAUCAUAUUGGUCAUUUCACAGUUGUGGGACUUGGCUUUGAGGAAAAUGUGCGGGCUUCCCAUUUCGAAGGCCUCAUCACCACCAUCGUGGGCUACAUCCUCCUGGCCAUGCUAUUAAUACUGUGCCAUGGAUUGGCAGCGCUGGUGAGAUUUCAAAGAUCCAGACACCUUUUAGGAGUGUGCUACAUUGUUGUCAAGGUAUCCCUGCUGGUAGUCGUGGAGAUCGGUGUAUUCCCUCUCAUCUGUGGCUGGUGGCUCGACAUCUGCUCACUGGAGAUGUUUGAUGCCUCUCUGAAGGACAGAGAGCUGAGUUUUGACUCUGCUCCCGGCACCACCAUGUUCCUCCACUGGCUUGUAGGGAUGGUCUACGUCUUCUACUUUGCCUCGUUCAUCCUCUUACUGCGAGAGGUGCUGAGACCCGGUGUUUUAUGGUUUCUCAGAAACCUGAACGAUCCUGAUUUUAAUCCUGUUCAAGAAAUGAUUCACCUGCCAAUAUACAGACAUCUCAGAAGAUUCAUUUUAUCGGUGGUGGUGUUUGGCUCCAUAGUUUUGCUAAUGUUGUGGCUUCCCAUAAGGACGAUCAAACUCAUCCUCCCAGCCUUCCUCCCAUACAAUGUUAUGCUGUACAGUGAUGCUCCAGUCAGUGAGCUGUCUCUGGAGCUGCUGCUGCUGCAGGUGGUUCUGCCUGCGCUGCUGGAACAGGGUCACACACGCCAGUGGCUCAAAGGCCUGGUCAGAGCCUGGACCGUUACCGCCGGAUACCUGCUAGACCUCCACUCGUACCUGUUGGGUGACCAGGAGGAGAAUGACGAUGAUGCGGACCAGCAGGCCAAUAACAACCAGCAGAGGAGGAAUAACAACAACGCCAUCCCUGAGGGGCUGCACGCUGCCCACCAGGCUAUCCUCCAGCAGGGAGGUCCUGUGGGUGUCCAGCCCUACCACCGGCCCAUGAAGUUCACCUUUAGGAUUGUGCUCCUGAUCGUGUUCAUGUGUGUGACACUGCUGGUGGCCAGUCUGGCGUGCCUUACGUUGCCAGUAUUCACCGGCCGGUACCUGAUGUCCUUCUGGACGGGCAGCGCUAAGAUCCACGAGCUGUACACGGCAGCGUGCGGCCUAUACGUGUGCUGGCUGUCCAUCAGGGUCAUCACCGUGCUGCUGUCCUGGAUGCCCCAGGGCAGGAGGGCCAUUCUGCUCAAGGUCCAGGAGUGGACCCUCAUGGUAAUGCUCUGCAACACGAUCCUGAAGACAGUGGUCAUAGCUGUGUUGCUGGCUGGCGCCAUCCCUCUCCUGCUGGGCUUGCUGUUUGAGAUGGUCAUUGUAGCCCCUCUCAGGGUACCGCUGGACCAGACACCACUCUUCUACCCCUGGCAGGACUGGGCUCUCGGAGUGCUCCAUGCCAAAAUCAUCGCCGCCAUUACUCUGAUGGGUCCCCAGUGGUGGCUGAAAACAGUGAUCGAGCAGGUGUACGCUAACGGAAUUCGCAACAUCGAUCUCCAUUUCAUCAUCCGUAAGCUGGCUGCUCCGGUUAUCUGUGUGCUACUGGUGUCUCUCUGUGUGCCCUAUGUCAUCUCUGCUGGCAUCGUCCCCAUCGUAGCUCAGUAUUCCCCAGGAGUUACCAUGGAGAUGCAGAAUUUGGUGCAGAGGAGAAUCUACCCGUUCCUGCUCAUGGUCGUCAUGCUGCUGGGAAUCCUCUCAUUCCAAAUCCGUCAAUUUAAGCGCCUUUACGAACACAUUAAGAAUGACAAGUACCUGGUUGGACAGAGACUGGUGAACUAUGAACGCAAGGCGGCAGGCAGAAGCAGUACAGCCACACACAGCAGCUCUUCCCAGGAGUAGGCGCUGUUAACACCUGACCUGAGAACAGCCUCUGGCUGUGUAGCGCCUCUCCUCCACCGCCUCUCUUUUGAUGUCUCUUCACAUUCAUGACUCAAGCGCUCGCCUCUCACCAUGCCUUAUUUCACUCCCUGCUCGCAAGCACGACCGGAGAAAGGAGUGUGUUUUACUAAAAAGAUUAAAAGGCAAAAUUACCUUAAACUGGAUUUUGUUAAUUAAAUCUAGAUGUCAUGUUAUUCUGUUCCUGUUAGGUGUAGAUGAGUUCCUGUUGUUAGGCCUGGGUGGACUACUACAGCAUUUGACCAGGAGGAGGCAGAGUCCUGAGAGGCCUCUGUACGGCUCCAUGGGGUAAUCCCAUUAGAACACAUGACGGAGGCUCCGCUUUAGAGGAGUGAUUAGCGUGAGACAAGGCAGAAGAACUUUGGGAUCAGUUUUUGUAGUUUUUAUUUAUUAGUUUGGAUUUUCCUUUUUAAUGGGUUUAGUAUUACAGUGUGUAGGUGAGAGGUUAUCUGCAAGAAAGAAAAGUUCCUACUGGACUGGGUGAUUUACUCUUUCUGCAGCAGGGUUCAAAGCCAGGAAAUACCGAUUCAUGCAUUUCGGUUCACUGUCUGACUGACUGGCCACAGAGGAGCUGAUGAGUGUUUUCAGGCUUCCCUGAAUAGCCUUAUCCUGGCUUGAUGGUCUCCUGUCUCAGGCUGGAGUUAUUAAUGAAAUCCCAGCUAGCCAGCUAUUUGUAUCAUGUAGCUCCAAUAUUUGGUUUCAUUUGAGAGAACCCUAAAAGGCAGUCUCUGCUUUUUAGUUAGAAGUUACAAGAUUGUAACUGUGUGCUCAUGAUAUCUGUGUAAUUUCUGCUCUACAUUUCUUGCUACACCUGUUGUACAGAGUAACAUAGGUUGUUACAUAUGCAUGAAUAUCAGUCUGCACUUUAGCUUUAACAUAGUGGCAGUCAUUCAUAAACCAUUUUAGUGAAAUCAAGUCAGUAUUUCAAUGUGGUGGUGAUGACACAAUACAGUUAAGUAUGAUUUGCUUGACAGGAGUUUUGGAUCAGGUUUGACACUUUUUUUUUUUUUUGUCUGUGUUAAUGAGAUUGGUGCGAUGUUUGUAAAUAAAGCAUUUCUAUGCUUAUGGAUUGUUUACCAUGGCAACAAAACCUAUUUUCUUCAUUUCAAUGUGUAAAAUUGGCUGUGUCAGUUGCAGGUUUAAGACUGUAUUUCUGACUGUUUUAGAGGGUAUUAAAUGCUGAUAUUUUAUGUGACCAUAUAGUAUCUUAACUUUACAAAACUGGGUACUCUCGUUAGCCUGUUAUCCGGACCAAUUUUUUUUUUAGCAAAUACCCUAUUUUUAUAUGUGCGUAUUGUGUAGGUCUUUUGUCUGCUUCUUGUUGUUUUUCUGAGUGGUUAAGUGUGUAUUGGUCAUCUUAAUAAAUGGCUACUUUCUUUCCUCACAGAAUGUCACCUUAAACUGUUUGUCAUAUUCACAAGUUUCAGUCAAAUUGGACUCUGAAGAGAUCAAAUCGGAGGUCCAAGCAAAAGCCAGUAGGCACAUGACAGUCCGGGAAUUUAAUAGGUAAAACGCAAUGGAUGUGAAUAGCAUAAAAUACAUCCUCUGUUGUAUCAUGAAAGUCAGCCUUGCUCAAUCACCUCUCCCUAUAGCAUGUGUGGUUGUUGGGGAGACUGGUUAUAUAACAUCCCUACAGUACAUGGGAGAAUACACAUUUUUAUUUUAUUAAAAACAACAUUGUACGUUA